AUGACAGAGAUGGAACAACCUAUGUUACAGCAGCAUACGGCCGGUGUGGGUAGCAGUGUUAACACUGCGGUGGGGACGCCUAGUGGGGCGGAGGGGGGUCUUUCGCUGAAGUUUGAGGAGUCUGCGUCUGCGUCUGCGUCUGCGGCGACUACGGCCAGUUCUACGCUGGCGGAGGGGUCGGACGAGCCGCUGGCGGCGGACCAUCACAGCAAUCACAGCGGCAAACACCACCGGCAGGCGGCGGCGGCGGCUUUGCCGCCGCUCGCUCCUGGCGGCCGCGGCAGCGGCGACGAGCAGAAUGGCGAACGGGCGCCCGUGUUUGAGGAUGUUUCGUCAGGGCAGCAGUUUGUGCCGGCACCACCUCCGGAGCCGGACAUGGACAACCUCCCUGCAAAUCCGAUGCCCAAACACCAGCAGAAACACGCGGUUACUUCGGUCAAGGCGGUAAAGCGGUUAAAGGACGCAAAGCCUUUUCUACAGCCUGUGGAUCCGGUGAAGUUGAAUGUUCCCAAUUAUUUUUCCCAUAUCCAGCGUCCGAUGGAUCUUUCGACUAUCGAGCGGAAGCUUGUUGUGAAUGGGUAUGAGACUCCCGAACAGGUGGCGCAGGAUUUCAAUUUGAUGGUGGAUAACUGUUCGAAAUUCAAUGGUCCGUCUUCUGUUAUUGCGCAGAUGGCUCGUAAUAUUCAAGCGUCGUUUGAAAAGCACAUGCUUAAUAUGCCGCCCAGGGAUCAGCCUGUUCAACCCCGGAAGCGCCGUAAGUCGAAUGAGGACGCGCCUGUGGUGAUCCGGCGCGCGGAUACGAACACGGGGCGUCCCAAGCGGGAGAUCCAUCCUCCAAAGUCGAAGGACAUCUACCCGCUGGAAAACGCGAAGCCUAGAUCUAAGAAGCACCAGGCGGAGAUGAAAUUUUGCCAGCAGGUGCUUAAGGAAUUGACGGCGAAGAAGCAUUCGUCUUUCAAUUAUCCGUUUUUGGAGCCUGUAGAUCCCGUGGCGCUUAAUUGUCCGUCGUAUUUUGACUAUGUGAAGGAGCCGAUGGAUUUGGGGACGAUUGGCAAGAAGCUGGGUAAUUGGGAAUAUGUGGAUUACGACCAGUUCGAGCGGGAUGUGCGGUUGGUGUUUAAGAACUGCUAUGCGUUCAAUCCGGACGGCACGCUGGUGAACAUGAUGGGCCACCGCUUAGAAGAUGUGUUCAAUUCCAAGUGGGCCGACAGGCCGAUUAUCGCGGACGAGGAGUCUGAGGAAGAGGAGGAGGAAGAGGAGUCUGAAUACGAAAGCGAAGCCCCAUAUACUGAGAAGGACAUAGAUGAGAGCUUGAUCACGAAUCCUGCGAUCCAGUACUUGGAACAGCAGUUGGCGAGAAUGAAGAUAGAGCUUCAGCAGCUCAAAAGGCAGGAGUUGGAGCGUAUCCGUAGAGAACGGCGGUUAGCUCGCGGAGCCUUUGCUAAUGGCAAUGGUUCUUCGAGUGGCAAGCGAAAGCGCGCUCGUGGUUCCAAGAAGAAAGGCGGCGCGGGCGCUGCCGCAGCUGGUACGGGCAGCAGCGGCGGCGGCGGCAGUGGCAGUGGAGGCGGCGGCGCGGGUGCUGCAAAGAAGAAGCGCAAGCUCAAGACGGUAGUCACGUAUGAUAUGAAGCGCAUCAUAAGCGAGCGUAUUGGCGACCUACCGGAGUCGAAGUUGGAACGCGCAGUUGACAUUAUCAAAAAGUCUAUGCCCGAUAUUGUGGGUGCUGAUGGCGAGGUGGAGCUAGAUAUUGAUCAACUGGAUGAUAUCACCAUCCUGACACUAUAUAACACAUUUUUCCGCCAGUUUGGUGCCCAAACAAACGGCAUAGCGGAGGAUGACCUACGAAACAGUUCCCUGUCGCCUCCCUCGGCUGCAUCAUCCAAGGCCAACAAACGUAGAAGAAGUAAAGCCUUGAGUGAGGAAGAGCAGAACAAGCAGAUCGAAAAGAUCAAAAACAAGUUAGCGAUCUUGGAUAGUGCAUCUCCGGUGUCACCCAACCUUAUGGGAUUACUGUCUGGUAAUACCGAUGGAUCAUCGUCAGAAGAUGAUGAUGACAUGAGCAGCGAGAGCGAAGAGGAAUAA